AUGGCUUGCCCCCAACAAUCAGAUGAGCUUGUCUUUUUUGUGAAUGGCAGGAAGGUAAUAGAGAGGCAGGCAGAUCCUGAAGAAUUGCUGCUGUAUUACCUAAGAAAGAAGCUCCGUCUCUCAGGUACAAAAUAUGGCUGUGGAAUAGGAGGCUGUGGUGCCUGCACUGUGAUGAUAUCCACAUAUGAUCCAGUUGCCAAGCAGAUACAACAUCGUCCUGCCAACUCCUGCCUUCUCCCCAUAUGCUCGCUGCAUGGUGCUGCUGUCACUACUGUGGAAGGGGUUGGAAGCAUAAAAACCAGGAUUCAUCCAAUUCAGGAAAGGCUAGCCAAAUGCCAUGGCUCCCAGUGUGGCUUCUGCACCCCUGGAAUGGUGAUGUCCAUAUAUGCUUUACUGAGAAACCAUGCGGAACCUUCCAUGGAGCAGAUAAUUUCUGCUCUGGAUGGUAAUUUGUGCCGUUGCACAGGAUACAGGCCAAUUAUAGACAGCUACACAUCUUUUGCUAGGGAGCCAACAUGUUGCCAACUCAGAGGAACUGGACAAUGUUGCUUGGAUCAGGAAGAAUGUGUGUGUUCAUCUUCUACAGGAGGUCAGAUUCAUUCAGGUCUUUGCAAUCCAGAAGAAUUCGCACCCGUGGAUCCAACACAGGAAUUUAUAUUCCCUCCUGAACUAAUGAGAAUGGCUCAAGAGCAGCAAAGAACAACUCUGAUUUUCCAUGGCAAGAGAACAACAUGGAUUUCUCCCCCUAGCCUGAAGGAGCUUCUGGAGCUGAAACCCAAGUAUCCAAAGGCACCCCUGGUUGUGGGGAACACCAGUGUGGGACUCAAAAAAAAUCACCAUGGUGCCUAUCAUCCAAUCAUUCUCCAUCCUGUUAGGAUUCCAGAAAUGCAUGUUGUGAGUAGCACAAAUGAUGGGCUAGUAAUAGGAGCUGCCUGCUGCUUGGCCCAGCUCAGAGACGUCCUGAUGGAGGCAGUCCCAAAACUUCCAGAGGAGAAAACAAAAAUCUACCAAGCUCUCUUGCAGCACCUGAGAACUCUAGCUGGAGAACAGAUCAGGAGCAUGGCAUCUUUAGGAGGACACAUUGUAAGCAGGGGAUCAACCUGGGACUUGAACCCAGUCUUAGCAGUUGGCAAGUCUGUCCUCAACUUGGCAUCAGAAGAUGGUAAAAGACAGAUUAUUUUAAAUGAUCAGUUUCUUGCUGGCUGUGAGCAUGGAGACAUAAAGGCCAAGGAGGUCAUUGUUUCUGUUCUCAUCCCAUACUCUGUGAAGGAUGACUUUAUUUCAGCCUUCAGACAGGCUGAAAAUCAGAAAAAUGCUUUGUCCAUAGUGACUUCUGGAAUGCGAGUCCUGUUCAGUCCAGGCACAGACACCAUUGUAGAUCUGAGUAUUUUAUAUGGAGGUAUUGGCUCAACCACACUCAGUGCAAGAAAGUCCUGUGAGAAGCUCAUAGGAAGGCAAUGGAAUGAUCAGAUGCUGAACGAAGCUUGCAGACUGGUGCUGGAGGAAAUUUUUCUCCCUCCAUCAGCUCUGGGUGGAAAAGUAGAAUACAGAAGAACUCUGCUUGUCAGCUUCCUUUUCAGAUUUUACCUGGAAGUGUUACAUGGUUUACAUCAGAUGUAUCCCUUCAGGUAUGCCGAGCUCUCACAGGAGAAGAUGAGUGCUUUGGGAAUGCUACAAAGUGGUGUUCCCCAGGGUGUCCAAAUCUAUCAGGAUGUUGACCCAAGACAGUCUCCACAAGAUCCUGUGGGCCGUCCCAUCAUGCACCAGUCUGGUAUUAAGCAUGCCACCGGUGAAGCAGUUUACAUUGAUGACAUUCGUCCAGUGGAUGGAGAACUUUCACUGGCUGUGGUCACCAGUAUUAAAGCCCAUGCAAAGAUUAUAUCAAUUGACACAUCAGAAGCCCUUCAGGUGCCAGGAGUGGUUGACGUAGUGACAGCAAGAGAUGUUCCAGGGGAAAAUGGCAAGGAUGAGCAAGCAUAUGCAGAAGAUAAGGUGAUUUGUGUUGGUCAGAUAAUCUGUGCUGUGGUUGCAGAGUCACUGACUCAGGCAAAGUGCGCAGCUGAAAAGGUGAAGAUAGUGUACGAAGAUCUGGAGCCAAUUCUGACCAUUGAGGAUGCAAUAAAACGUAAUUCAUACAUUACUGAAGAAAGGAAAAUAGAAAAAGGAGCUAUCGAGGAAGGAUUCAAGUCUGCUGAUGAAAUCAUAGAAGGUGAAUUGCACAUGGGAGGACAGGAACAUUUUUACCUGGAAACAAAUAGUGUGCUUGUUAUUCCAAGAGUGGAGGAUAAAGAAAUGGACGUGUAUGUGUCAACUCAGCAUGCAACAGAUGUACAGGAAUUAGUGGCUUCAGCUUUAAACCUCCAGUCCAAUAAAAUUAUGUGCCACGUGAAACGUGUUGGUGGAGCAUUCGGUGGGAAGAUUACUAAACCUUCACUCUUUGCUGUAAUUGCAGCAGUGGCAGCCAACAAGACCGGGCAUCCAGUCCGUUUUACCCUUGAAAGAAAUAUGGAUAUGUUAAUCACUGGUGGACGGCACCCUUUCUUUGGAAAAUAUAAAGUUGGAUUAAUGAAUGAUGGUAGAAUCAUUGCCGCAGAUUUUCAGUGCUAUAUAAAUGGUGGCUGUACAAAAGAUGAAUCUGAGUUGGUGAUUGAGUACAUUCUGUUGAAAGUGGACAAUGCAUAUAAUAUCCCCAAUCUCCGAGUCAGGGGCCAUGCCUGCAAGACUAAUUUGCCUUCUAAUACUGCCUUCCGAGGAUUUGGGUUUCCCCAAGCAGGUCUGUUUGUGGAGACCUGUAUUGUGGCUGUGGCGACCCAAACUGGCGUACCACAUGAGAAGGUUAGGGAAAUAAACAUGUACAAAGGAGUUAACCUAACGUCCUUCAAAGAAGAGUUUGAUGCAGAGAAUCUGUGGAAAUGUUGGGAAGAAUGUUUGGACAAGUCUGACUACUACAGCCAAAAAGCAAUGGUGGAAGAAUUCAACACGAAAAAUUAUUGGAAAAAGAAAGGGAUUGCCAUUAUUCCCAUGAAGUUUUCUGUUGGAUUUAAUGCAACUUAUUUUCAUCAGGCUGGAGCUCUCGUCCAUAUCUAUAUAGAUGGGUCUGUGCUAGUCACUCAUGGUGGAAUUGAACUGGGACAAGGAAUUCACACUAAGAUGUUACAGAUUGCCAGUCGUGAACUGAAGAUACCAUUGUCCUAUAUACACUGCUGUGAAACAAGCACAACAACUGUACCUAAUGGCAAAUACACAGCAGGAUCAGUUGGAACAGAAAUCAAUGCAAGAGCAGUCCAGGAUGCUUGUCAAAUCCUUUGGAAGCGUCUGGACCCUAUUCGAAGAGACAAUCCAAAUGGCAAAUGGGAAGACUGGAUCAGUGAAGCUCACAAGCAAAGCAUCAGUCUUUCAGCUACUGGCUAUUUCAAAGGCUACGUUACAAACAUGAACUGGGACACACAAAAAGGCCAUGCGUUCCCUUAUUUUCUCUUUGGAGUUGCAUGUUCUGAAGUAGAAAUUGACUGUUUGACAGGAGCCCACAAGAACAUCAGAACAGACAUUGUCAUGGAUGCCUGCUUUAGCAUAAAUCCAGCUAUUGAUAUAGGACAGAUUGAAGGGGCCUUCAUUCAGGGAGUUGGUCUUUAUACAUUAGAAGAAAUCUACUUUUCCCCAGAAGGAGAGCAGCUCACUCUUGGCCCAGAUACAUAUAAGAUCCCUGCCAUCUGUGACAUUCCUGAGCAGUUCCGUGUCUAUUUACUGCCAAAUUCACACAACUCAAUUGCUAUCUAUUCUUCCAAGGGCAUGGGCGAGGCCGGGUUCUUCUUGGGCAGCUCAGUGUUCUUUGCAAUACGAGAUGCAGUGGCUGCUGCACGGAAGGAAAGAGGACUGCCCCUGGACUUCACACUGAACAGCCCCUUGACUGUUGAGCGGAUUCGCAUGGCCUGUGAUGAUGUCUUUACUGAGAUGAUUCCAAAAGAUAAACCUGGAACCUAUAAGCCAUGGGCCAUCAAUGUAGAUUAAUACUGCUUUCCUAAAUAUCAACCAACCAGGUGACUCCUUCAGCCACUUACUGACUGAAAGCAUUCCUGCAAGAAAGAACUGUAAUCCUUACACAGGUAUAUAUAUCUCUCCAUCUUUGUAGAACAAGAUAUAAGCACCAGUUCUAUUGUCCUGCCAAGUAAGAGACCUCUCAUUUUGAAACAUACAUUUCUUUCUAAAUCAAAUUGUGUUCCAUGCUACACUGGAAUAGUUCUGGAGUUACCCCAUGAUCUUCAAAGAAUUUGCAUGCAAUUUUGAAAAUAUCUGCACUGAAGAGCAGAUCACAAAUAGUACCAUUUUGUCACUUCUACAUCCAAUUUGAGAUUCACAACUGUUGUUAUCCACUCUUUCUGUUCUUCUAAUACAUGAAAAUCCCAAAGAUCAGAAUUAGACACUGUACAAAUUAGUGAUGGGCAAUGUAUCACUAUUACGGUAGAACAGAGAUUCUAAAAGUACAUACUGCCAAAUGUUUUCUAGACACUGAUAUAUUAUUACUACCACGGUAACCACAGUAAUACUCUAGUAUAGCUCUUUGCUUCCUGGUAGCCCAUCUCAGGCCUGCUCCAUACCAUUAGAUUUCUCUGAACCAUUAUCAACUUUGACCUCUCUCAGAGCAGAAUAUAAUCACUGCUAUUCACUGCAUUGUCAGCGCUCACUCCUCCUCUCCUUUGCCUUACCCACAGUUUUGCUCCUAGCAAAAUGGUAAAGUAGAACAUAGCUGAUGCAUUCAUCUGUAGGUAAGGAGAGGGCAAGGUGAGGGAGGUGUACUGGAGGUAGGAAGGGUUAAAUAGCAGGACAGCUAUUGAGUGAAGUUCACCAGCUUUGAGUGAAGUUCACAACAGAGGUGAGGAUUUCUGGGAUAACAUAGAUGAGUGAGCAAAGAUAUAGGGAGACAGACCACAACAUCUGUAAAACCUCAUGGUCUUCUUAUCUCAAACGUUCAUUUUGAAAUGGGGUUGCCCAUUGCAACCAUCAGCAGGUAUGCAUAACAGAUGUGCAGCAGGUGACUGAGAUGAAAAGGUGGAGGGGAGCAAGGCUGGCUGAGAGGAAACAAUGACAAUAGAAGUUCAUCGUUAAAAAUAGGUGUGUCAGCUCACAGUUUAACUCAGCUGUGCCAAACAACGUUACUGGCACUCUGACAGACGUUGUUUUAGAAAGGACGUUUUAAAGUGAUGCAGUGGCAGCUGUAUGAAUCUUGAUGGAGCAUUUCCCCAUGAGGAGAGGAGACUGAAAAGCAAGUGCAAAGGUGUUUGAGAAGGAGAAAAGGAAAUGGCUGAGCUGAGCCAACAUAGGUAUACAUACAAAUCGAUAUUCAACUUUCACGUUUGAUAGUUUAAAGCACUAAAAUUAACAGUAAGAACACAUUUAACAACAUCAUUGUGUACCCAAAACACUAGCAUAAGAAAUAACUCUGGAGAUACUUAACAGGUAUUGCAUUGUUUCAGAUCCUGUACUCAUUUACAUAAACAUAAAUCUAGACUAUUUUCAUUUAUUUUAAGGGUGAGAGUGCAGGCUUAAAUUAGCAUAGUAUAGAAGAGGGUGUAACCUGCACAUACCCUCAAAUAGGUCAUAUUUAAUCUAAAUCUGUAGAGGUACAAAAAGAUUUAUUCCUUUACAAAUAAAUUAAUAUUACAAGUAAUGAGGAAAUCGCUAGCUUAUGUUGGUAAAGUUUUCCUGUUCAUUUCUCUUGGUAAAUUGUGAAAGACUACAGCUAAUGGGAAAAGCUCAACUGGCAAUAUGCUUUGUAAUUUUGUAAUAUCAAAGACUUCGAGGAGCUAACAGCAGGAACCAUCAUGUCUUUGUGUUCUUUUCCUUAAAAUGCAAUUUUCAUAAUCUGUGAUUUAUCUUCUUGGCUUUUUAUCUAAUUGUGAUUUUGACAAAUGCUAUCAUUUUAGAAUGUGUACCACAGCAAUCAGUGCCUUGGGUUUAGAAUGAAUGAACAAAUAUUUGCAAAUAUUUAGGUUAAAAUCCUCCCUCUGAAUGUGAUCUCCCUUAGGGUAUUUUUGAACAUGGUAUUUUGGGAAUUUCAUUGGGCUGUUAACUGGAAUUUGCUUAAAUAUGUCUUCAA